AUGGAUCUGGAUUUGUCUGCUUUGACGCUGCCACAAAGGCAGUCUAUACGAGAUUUGAAGCGCGACCACGAUGCCUUACUUCAUGAAGUAUCCAAGCUAUUGGCCUCAAAUGCGGCUUUGGUGAAGGACCUUCGCGUCGAGCGCGAGGAGACGCUCGACUUACUUCGCCAGCGAUGGACCGAACGAAACGAUGCACAGCGCGAAGAUCCUGGCGUUGCCUUCCCCAUCAGCGAUCAGACCAUUCAGUCAGCUACAGACUAUGAUGGAAGGUUACACGACGUACAAAGGGAUAUCAUCUCGCUUGGGACCUCCAUAAAAGAGCUUCAGAACAAGGUCUCUACUCUGCGCACAACCCAAGAAUCUCUGGAAGAUGAAGCGAUUGCUUCUGGACUGGAGACUUUGGCUAUCCUGGAACAGGCGAGUGAAACGUUCUACAGUAUUGACAUGAUUGGGAGUCUCAUGUUUUUAUCGCAGGGCGCGCAAGCUACAGUAUCAGAUGAUGUAAAGCAGGCUACACCGGAUGUUGCAGGCGAACCCGAUUGUCUCCAAAGGGACACCUUGGAUGUCGAUUCCGAACAAGCGCGCACGACUCCUUUUAUCAAUAUACCUCAUCAACGAAAACGUUCGGAUAGCCUUGACAGCGAUGUCACGGUAACGCCUACCCGCAUGAGUAAGAUGAACGUGCAGAUAGGUAGUAAGACCACAUUCGUGCCAGUCGUUCCCUUCUGGGAGAGCUCAGAUCCUUCCAAAAUCGGGAACACAGUGAAGUUUGGAUCAUCCGUUGCGAACUUUGAGUCCCUGCAAUUCAUCCGUGACUGGGCGGAACUUCAAAGCAAGCUGCACAGCACGGCACUGAAAUUGACGCUCGACGGGCCAUACCGCGUUACAAAGUUGCCUGACAGCCUAGUACCAACGCCACCGCUGGAACUGUCGUAUACUCACAUAUCCACGAUGCCUGAAUACCAAAACUGGUCGCCAGAGGAACUACGUUGGAGUGACUACCAAGCCGGGGGUAGGCUUGCUGGAGAACUUAAAAGGGUCUAG